AUGGAGUUUAGGUGCAGAGCCGGCGACCGCAUAUCGCCGCCGAUUGAGUCCUCCCACCACCGGCCUUCACCCUCCGCCGCCAUGCCUCAUCCGCCGUUUCGAGGUGUUCAGUCGAGCCUCCAACUGAUGACGGACGAGACGCUCCAUCGGGAGCUUGAGAAGGUGCGGGUGUGGCAGGAGAUAAUCGCGGAGGAGAUCGAGCGGCGUAAGGAGGUUAUGAGGGCGGAGUUGCGUCGGCAGAUGAUCGGGGAGAAAGAUCCGGAGCCGGCGAUUUCGACGGCGGAGCCGGGGUGCCCGAUAUUUCCGGAACAGCCGCCAGAGCGCCGUUUCAUUAUUACUCCUCCGGUGCCGCCGACGCCUGAGGUCAUGCCUCCUUCUGCCUCUGCCGCGGAACCUAACAAAGCGGAGAAGCUGUCCGACCUCGGAGGCGGGAAGCAUGAGAAAUCGGAGGACGAUGAGGGGGAGAAACCCAAGGAAGAUUUCAGGUGCGUGGUUUGCCAGGUGAGUGCUACUUCUCAUAAGCAAAUGAUCGAACACCUCGCGGGCAAGCAGCACGAGGCCAAAUCUCGCUCUUUGGCAGGGAGAAUAAGGAAGAGAGUUGGUUCCCAGAUGCAGAAGAAUCAUGGGAAGCGCGGGAAGUUCAGUAGGAAGUGA